AUGCAAAUGUUUGACAAAGCUUUGUUGCUAGCCUGGCUCCUAAUCUCCACGGUAUGCAGUUUGGAAAUUACAAAAAACAGGAUUGAUAGAGGAUCAAUCAAUCUUGGAAAUGAGGAUAUAACCAUUCGCUCUGGUGCUUUUUGGUCCAUUAUUAACAAUGCUGGUACAAAUUUCAAUUCCAAUAUAAAUGUUGAUGAAGGAGGUAUCUUUUACGUUUCAAGUGUUUCUCCACAGGUGUCUUUGUCUGUUACUUUGUUGGGUUCUUACACCCUUAUCAACAACGGUGUUAUUUCUUUAAAUGCAAUUGCUGGUAAUCCAAACUAUAAUUUUGAUCUUGUUGGUACUUCCAUGAUUAACAAUGGAGAUUUGUUUUUAUCCGGUUCAGGUGACAAUGCCGUGACGGUUUAUAUGAAAGCGACAGACUGGGAAAAUUAUGGGCUUAUUCAAGUGUAUCAAAAGAAAAGAACUAAUGGUGUGGUUUAUUUGGGUAAUCACGGGUUAUACACAAACAAUUAUGGUCAAAUUUGUUUGUUCAAUCAGCUUUGGCAACAAACAGCUAACAUUCUUGGUACUGGUUGUAUUACUGGAGCAGCUAACUCGUCCUUCUAUCUUGCCAACACAAAUUUGGCAAUAUCAUCUCAACAAACAAUGUACAUGGCCGACGGUACAACGUCUAUUGUUGCUGUAGGGUCACUCACUCCAUUGACUUUCACUGUUAAAGGUUUUGGUCAAGUGGAUGGUGUCUCCAAUAAAAUCGGUUUGAGUGGUACCCUUUACAGCUCAACAUCUGGAAAAAAUCCAUGGGAUUACAAUGCAGACACAGGUAUCCUCACAUUAUACGUUGGUGACUAUAGACAAAAUUUCAAAAUUGGUAAAGGCUAUGACAACACCAAGUUUUCGGUCGUCACCGAUAAUGCCUUGGGAUUACCAGCACCUAAUCUAGGCUCAGUUGUUUACAAUGGUCCUGUUCCCGAACCAGGUUUACCCGCGGCUUGUAAGCCUUGCAAGCCUAUUCCGGAAAUACCCGAUCUUGACGCGACUUCGUACACGACAACAUUAAGAACGACAUCAGAUGGCCUCAUCUACACUGACAAUGCUCUUGUUGCUAUCAGUACCGACACCGAUGGUAUUUUCACGACCUCCACCUUGACAAGAUACCCACAACCUGAGGAGUCUUUGUUUUUAUCCACAUGGACUACUACCAAUGCUGAUGGAUCCGUUGAAACUGACUCUGGUUUGAUCACACAAUCGGGCUCGUCAUUUAGUACUAUCCUUACGAUUCCUCCACCGAUUCAGACCCAGUUUACUAAGACAUGGACAACGACAGACUCUGAGGGUUUAAAGGAAGUUGAUUCAGGACUCGUCUCCCAAUCUGGUAACUCGUUCACCACUUUGUCAACCUUCCCUCCGGUUCAAACCGAGUUCACCUCAACAUGGACUACCACACACGCAGAUGGAUCUGUUGAAACUGGAUCAGGACUUGUGUCACAAUCUGGUACUUCGUUCACCACUUUGUCCACUUUCGUUCCAGAUAUUCAAACCGAGUUCACCUCAACAUGGACUACCACACACGCAGAUGGGUCUGUUGAAACUGGAUCAGGACUUGUGUCACAAUCUGGUACUUCGUUCACCACUUUGUCCACUUUCGUUCCAGAUGUUCAAACCGAGUUCACCUCGACAUGGACUACCACACACGCAGAUGGAUCUGUUGCAACUGAAUCAGGACUUGUGUCACAAUCUGGUACUUCGUUCACCACUUUGUCCACUUUCGUUCCAGAUGUUCAAACCGAGUUCACCUCAACAUGGACUACCACACACGCAGAUGGAUCUGUUGAAACUGGAUCAGGACUUGUGUCACAAUCUGGUACUUCGUUCACCACUUUGUCCACUUUCGUUCCAGAUGUUCAAACCGAGUUCACCUCAACAUGGACUACCACACACGCAGAUGGGUCUGUUGAAACUGGAUCAGGACUUGUGUCACAAUCUGGUACUUCGUUCACCACUUUGUCCACUUUCGUUCCAGAUGUUCAAACCGAGUUCACCUCGACAUGGACUACCACACACGCAGAUGGAUCUGUUGCAACUGAAUCAGGACUUGUGUCACAAUCUGGUACUUCGUUCACCACUUUGUCCACUUUCGUUCCAGAUGUUCAAACCGAGUUCACCUCGACAUGGACUACCACACACGCAGAUGGAUCUGUUGCAACUGAAUCAGGACUUGUGUCACAAUCUGGUACUUCGUUCACCACUUUGUCCACUUUCGUUCCAGAUGUUCAAACCGAGUUCACCUCGACAUGGACUACCACACACGCAGAUGGAUCUGUUGCAACUGAAUCAGGACUUGUGUCACAAUCUGGUACUUCGUUCACCACUUUGACGACAUUCGAGAAACCAGUUGAAACCGAGUUCACCUCAACAUGGACUACCACACACGCAGAUGGAUCUGUUGCAACUGAAUCAGGACUUGUGUCACAAUCUGGUACUUCGUUCACCACUUUGUCCACUUUCGUUCCAGAUGUUCAAACCGAGUUCACCUCGACAUGGACUACCACACACGCAGAUGGAUCUGUUGCAACUGAAUCAGGACUUGUGUCACAAUCUGGUACUUCGUUCACCACUUUGUCCACUUUCGUUCCAGAUGUUCAAACCGAGUUCACCUCGACAUGGACUACCACACACGCAGAUGGGUCUGUUGAAACUGAAUCAGGACUUGUGUCACAAUCUGGUACUUCGUUCACCACUUUGACGACAUUUGAGAAACCAGUUGAAACCGAGUUCACCUCAACAUGGACUACCACACACGCAGAUGGGUCUGUUGAAACUGGAUCAGGACUUGUGUCACAAUCUGGUACUUCGUUCACCACUUUGUCCACUUUCGUUCCAGAUGUUCAAACCGAGUUCACCUCGACAUGGACUACCACACACGCAGAUGGGUCUGUUGAAACUGAAUCAGGACUUGUGUCACAAUCUGGUACUUCGUUCACCACUUUGACGACAUUUGAGAAACCAGUUGAAACCGAGUUCACCUCAACAUGGACUACCACACACGCAGAUGGGUCUGUUGAAACUGGAUCAGGACUUGUGUCACAAUCUGGUACUUCGUUCACCACUUUGACGACAUUUGAGAAACCAGUUGAAACCGAGUUCACCUCGACAUGGACUACCACACACGCAGAUGGAUCUGUUGCAACUGGAUCAGGACUUGUGUCACAAUCUGGUACUUCGUUCACCACUUUGUCCACUUUCGUUCCAGAUGUUCAAACCGAGUUCACCUCAACAUGGACUACCACACACGCAGAUGGGUCUGUUGAAACUGAAUCAGGACUUGUGUCACAAUCUGGUACUUCGUUCACCACUUUGACGACAUUUGAGAAACCAGUUGAAACCGAGUUCACCUCAACAUGGACUACCACACACGCAGAUGGGUCUGUUGAAACUGGAUCAGGACUUGUGUCACAAUCUGGUACUUCGUUCACCACUUUGACGACAUUUGAGAAACCAGUUGAAACCGAGUUCACCUCGACAUGGACUACCACACACGCAGAUGGAUCUGUUGCAACUGGAUCAGGACUUGUGUCACAAUCUGGUACUUCGUUCACCACUUUGUCCACUUUCGUUCCAGAUAUUCAAACCGAGUUCACCUCAACAUGGACUACCACACACGCAGAUGGAUCUGUUGAAACUGAAUCAGGACUUGUCUCCCAAUCUGGUACUUCGUUCACCACUUUGUCCACUUUCGUUCCAGAUGUUCAAACCGAGUUCACCUCGACAUGGACUACCACACACGCAGAUGGAUCUGUUGCAACUGAAUCAGGACUUGUGUCCCAAUCUGGUACUUCGUUCACCACUUUGACGACAUUUGAGAAACCAGUUGAAACCGAGUUCACCUCAACAUGGACUACCACACACGCAGAUGGGUCUGUUGAAACUGGAUCAGGACUUGUGUCACAAUCUGGUACUUCGUUCACCACUUUGACGACAUUUGAGAAACCAGUUGAAACCGAGUUCACCUCGACAUGGACUACCACACACGCAGAUGGAUCUGUUGCAACUGGAUCAGGACUUGUGUCACAAUCUGGUACUUCGUUCACCACUUUGACGACAUUUGAGAAACCAGUUGAAACCGAGUUCACCUCGACAUGGACUACCACACACGCAGAUGGAUCUGUUGCAACUGAAUCAGGACUUGUGUCACAAUCUGGUACUUCGUUCACCACUUUGUCUACGUACUCAUCUUUAUUGAGCUCAAGUUCGUACACACGAUGGUUGAAUACUAGUACUCAUGUUCUCCCAGGAAGUAGUACAACUUUAACAUCAGUGGAGACAGCAAGUUUGACCCAUGUGGUCCCAAUGUUGACGACAUUGUUAGGAGGUGCAGAGCCUAGCGCAUUGAGUGCUGGUUCAGUUAGUGAGAAUAACCCAACAGGCGUUAUUAAUGCCGUCGAUGAUGGUGUUGACAAAACAGAAACUGGUUUGAUCACCGCUAGUAUCAGUGCAGCUUGCUCCACUUCGGUCAUACAAGGUACCAGCUCCACUUUUACAAGUAUUUCAGGCGCUUUAACUUCAGGUUACAGUUUUCAAACAGGAACUAUAUCAAUCGGCGCAGGUGCACAAAGUAUAGGUGUUGAUGCAGAAGGUGGAGGUUCUGGUACAGAAGGUUUGGGUGCUGGUACACAAGGUGCAGGUGUUGAUGCAGAGGGAGCAGGUGCGGAAGGUACAGAAUAUGGCCCAGGUAGUGGACCUAGUCUCACUACAAGCACCACGAGAAUUGGGUCAAUUCCAUCUAGUGCAGUUGAUGAGUCUUCUGCCCGUAAUACAGAACCUACUGCUGAAAUCACCACCUAUCAGGGAUCUGCUUCAUCAUCGAAUUUUUUGUCAAUCACUUUCUUAAUCGCAUCCAUUCUUCUUUCGAUGCUAAUUUAG